AUUAAAUGUUUACUGCAGAACUUCAAUUGUAUUGAACAUUAUUCUGUUCUCUCUACAUACUGGACAAAAGAAGAUUGUUCACGAGAUUUGAGCACUGUGGUUGUUUGUAAAUCUGUCGAAAAACAAGAAUUUCAAUUGUAUUGAACAUUAAUUUGUUCUCUCUACAGACUGGACAAAAGAAGAAGACUUUUCACAAUAUUUGAGCAAAGUGGUUGUUUGUAAAUCUGUUGAAAAACAAGUUUCCUAGCUGGUUUGGGGAAGUCAUUUGUGGAGAAAAUGAUAAAUGGAGCAAUAGCAGAAUUACGUCAUGUAUUUUGCUUCACAUGCAUUGUUAAUGAAUUCGAAGAAGAAAAAGUUUUACUAAAAGAAGAAAUAAAAACAUUGGAGCAACGCGCUAAAGUGGCAGCAGGAAGAGAUAAAGAUAUUCUUGCUAAUGUUCAUUAUUGGAAAGAGAAAGUUGAUAAGCUCAUCCAAGAGGACAUCAAAACAAAACAAACAUGUUUUUUGGGCUUAUGCGCUGAUUGCAUGUGGCGAUAUAAAAGAGGAAAGGAGUUGGCAAAUAACAUGGAGGAGAUUAAACAUUUGAUAAAUAAGGGAGAAAAAUUUGAAAAUAUUGAACGUUUUCAAUCUAAAGAUUACAUUUCUUUUAAAAGUAGAGAGUCUAAAUAUAGAGAGCUUAUGGAUGCACUACUAGAUGACAAAAACUAUACGAUUGGAUUGCAAGGUAUAGGGGGCAUCGGAAAAACUACAUUGGCCAAAACAUUGGGUAAAGAAUUAAAGAUAUCUGAACAAUUCACUCAUGUAAUCAUUACAACAAUGUCAUUUACACCUGAUACAAAAAAAAUUCAAGAUGAUAUUGUUGGUCCUUUUGGACUGGAAUUGGGGAACUAUAAUGACUCAUACAGGCCCGAAAAAGUAUGGCGGAUAUUAACAAGUGGUGAGAAAAUUCUUCUUAUAAUGGAUGAUGUGUGGGAUCAAGACCCGCCUCUUGAUUUUGAUCUAAUAGGGAUUCCAAAAAAAGACAGUCACAAUGGAUGCAGAGUUCUUAUAACCACACGGAGUAAACAAGUAUUACAAAAAAUGAAUUGUGAUAAGAAGAUUGAAUUGGAGCUAUUAUCGGAAGAAGAAGCAUGGGAUAUGUUCAAAACGUACGCCGGUAUAAACAAUAGUUUUUCAAAAAAAUUGAUUACUAAGGGACGUGAAAUUGCUAAGGAAUGCAAACAAUUACCGAUUGCAAUUGUAGUUAUCGCUGGAAGUUUAAAUGGCCAACAAGAUCGUAAGCACCAGUGGGAUGCUACGCUAAAAUCAUUGAAGAAAACUGUAUCCAUGGAUGAUGUCGAUAAAGAUAAGGUUGAAAUUUAUAAAUGUUUGAAGUCUAGCUAUGAUGGUAUGAAGGAUGAAAAAGUCAAGGGAUUGUUUCUCCUAUCUUCUCUAUUCCCAGAAGAUAAAGAAAUUUCUAUUGAAAUUCUAACUAGACUAGGCAUAGGAACAGGCCUUUUUGGGAAGAAUUACGGUAGGUACAAUGAUGCUCGAAACGAAGUAGGUGUAGCUAUAUAUAAACUCAUAGAUUUGUGUUUGAUGGUGGGGGUCGGUGAAGAACAUGUAAAAAUGCAUGAUUUGGUUCGUGAAGCGGCUCAAUGGACAGCAUACAAAGAGAUUCGAUGUGUGAAAUUAUCGAACAAAGAUGAAAAAUCAUCAGUUGAAAAGGAAAAAAAUAUGAAAUAUUUAUUUUGUGAAGGGAAGUACAUGGAUUUGUUUUCUUGGAAGUAUGAUGGUUCCAAACUUGAGACUCUAAUUCUUGACGUGAAAAGGGAUGAAGACCGUAAACGUAUGGAAGCCCGAAGUUAUUUCUUUGAAAAUAUUGACCAUCUUCAAGUUCUGUACUUUUCAAGUCAUACAAAUAAACCCCAAUCAUUACCAGAUUCAUUUUGUAACAGCCCGAAUUUUAUUAUUUGGCUAAUUAAAUUAAAUAAGGAUUUAUUUACUUAAU